AUGCACUUUGACGACUUAAUGGACUACGUACACGUGGACGAAAAGUGGAUUUUCACUACCAAAGUCAAGCAUACCUACUACCUUGCUCCCGGUGAAGAGCCGCCGCACAGAACCUGCAAGUCCAAGACCCACAUCAUGAAGGUCAUGUUUUUGUCUGCCGUCGCUAGACCUCGUUGGGACAACUCGACUCAGUCAUGGUUCGAUGGAAAGUUCGGGACAUGGCACUUUACCGAAUGGGUACCAGCACAGCGCACGAGCCGCAGCCGACCGAAGGGAACGCUCGAGUUGAAGCCUGUUGUCGUCAACUGUGUCGACAUGGCCACGCUGAACGCCAACUUUCUGACGGUGCAGACGUGUUUUCAAGAGACAAUGCGCGCAGCAGGAAACAACAACUACAAGAUACCGCACAUGAAGAAGAAGCAAUUGUUACACCAAGUGCUUGGUGGCUUGCAGUUGCUUGAAGGCAUGGAUUUGGCGCAUAUGAUGGAGCAGCUGGACAAAGAAGUGUCUGAAGACUUGGCCAUGGUCGCGAUUUGUUCCGAGCUGGAAGAACUCAAGCCAGUCGAUCCCGAGGUGGACUUGGUGGCCAGUGUUUCCGAGAUGGGAGUAGAUUUGGAGUAA